GCAAACGACGAGCCGGCUGCAACCCGAAUCAACUGCGUUGUUGACCUGUAGUUAGGGGCUUGAGCUGAGGAUAGGAAUCCUUUCUUCUAUCUCCGUUCUUCACAACAUAUGCUCUUGUUAACUUGUGCAUCAUUUGCUCUUACGUUUGUUUGUGCUCCAGAUUGAAAGGAAUGGUUAGUAGACUCAAAAGGGCAGACAUCGUUGUCUCCCCAACUGUGCAGGCGAUUAUCAAUAAAUUAGAUCAUCCUCUACUGCAACGUAAAUUUGGAUCAACAUGGGGCGUUGAGAGAGAGUUGCAGGUUCUUUAUCGCACCAUGGAGAGAAUCAAAGCAAUUCUUCAGGUGGUAGAGAACAAGCAAAUGAAGGAUGAGCUUCUGAAACUCUGCCUUGAAGAUCUUAGGAGUGAGGCUUACUACUUGGACGACGUGCUUGAUGAGUUUCUCAUAGAAACUCGCAAACUAGGAGACAUCAAUCAGGUACCUUUUUCUCUCUCCUUUGCUUUGAAUAAGGAUGAUAAGUUAUAUCGAAAACAGAUUGGUCCUUUCAUAACUGAAAUUAAUGAGAAACUAUCUAUCAUUGAGAAGAGGCUUGAAAAACACUACUUCCAAGGACCCUGUGAAGAAGAGCAGUACAAAUUACUAACUAGAAUACAAUCUUUUCCAUUGAGAGAGGGGAGAAGAAUGGUGGGUUCAAUAGUUGAUGAAAGGCAUGUGUUUGGAAGGGAAGAAGAUGAGAAGAAUGUAAAAGAAAUGUUGUUGUCUGAUCAAUAUGAUGAUGGAAGGGAUGGUGGUGUUUCUGUGGUUGCCAUUGUUGCUAUGGGGGGGAUGGGCAAGACAACUCUUGCUCAGCUUCUCUACAAUGAUCCAGACAUAACAAAUCACUUUGAAGAAAAAGCAUGGGUUUGUGUGUCUGUUCCGUUUGACAUUGAAAGGAUAACUAAGGAAAUUCUAAAUUAUGGGGCUGAUCAGAAAUCCUUCCCUCAACUUCAACUUGCAGUUCAAAAGAAGCUGAAGGGGAAGAGGAUUUUGAUUGUUCUAGACGAUGUAUGGACUGAAAGGUCUGGUGAUUGGGAUAAGUUAUGCGUUGCAUUCAAAGGAGCAAGUAGAGGGAGUAGAGUUUUAGUGACCAGUCGCAGUAAGAAAGUUUCAUCCAUCAUGAAUGCAGCUAACACUUAUAAUUUGAAAGCUUUAUCCAAGGCAGUUGGGUGGUCCUUGUUCAAAGAUUGCGCUUUUAUUGAUCCAAAUACAAAUGCUUAUCCCAACUUAGAAGCCAUUGGAAAUGGAAUUGUAAACAAGUGUGAUGGGUUACCUUUGGCAAUAAAAACACUUGGUGGGCUUCUUAAUGGUGCAGUAGAUGAGGAAGCAUGGCUAUCUAUUUUGGAAAGUGAGAUGUGGGAUAUAGAAGAAGAUGAUAUUCUGCCGGCUCUAAGUUUGAGUUAUUAUCAUCUACCACCACAUUUGAAACAGUGUUUUGCGUAUUGUUCUUUAUUUCCAAAGGGUUAUACAUUUAGAAAGAGAACUUUAGUUCAACUUUGGGUUGCUGAAGGAUUUGUUCAAACUAAACAAGUGGAAAGGAAGGAAGACAUUGGACUGCAAUAUUUUGAUGAUUUGUUGCAUAGGUCUUUCUUCCAGCCUAUAUUUGAUAACUUUGCAAUGCAUGAUCUCAUGCAUGAUUUAGCAUGCUCUGUUUCAACGGGAAUGUGUUUUAGAUUGGAGCAAAAUAGAUCAUAUGACAUCAGUGAAAAGGGUCAUGAGCAUAUUUCGUUAAUGGCUAACGAUGACUUCGAUCUAGGGGGAAUGAAGACCUACAAAUUGAAGAGUUUAUCUCCCACUUUCCAAUUUGUAGGAGAAGAAGAUGUGCAAGGAAGUCAUCAUCUCCUUGAUAGGAAAGGAUUUGUUCAAACUAAACAAGUACUGGAAAGAAGGGAAAACAUUGGACUGCAAUAUUAUAAUUAUAAUUAUUCGUUGGAUCGGUCUUUAUUCAAGCCUUGUCGUAGAACGUGUGAUAGAUCAUAUGACAUUGGUGAAAAGGUUCGGCAUAUUUCAUUGGUUAAUGUUGACUUUGAUAUGGUAGUAAGGGAGUCCUACAAAUUCAAGAGUUUGUCCACAUUCCAAUAUGUAGGAGCAGAUGUACAAGGAAGUCAUCUCUUUGAUGGCCUAUUUUUCGAAUUCAAAUGCUUACGUGUUUUGGUUCUUGUUGGUCACUGGAUGCAGUCAUUGCCGUAUUCCAUUGGCUAUCUGAAGCAUCUAUCAUACUUGAGCAUCUGUAGCAUUACAUUGAAAACAUUACCUGAAUCAAUGUGUAUGCUUUACAAUUUGCAGGUAUUGGAUAUAGUGGGUUGUAAAGAUCUUGUUGAGUUACCUAAACACAUCACCAACUUAUCCAACCUUCAAUAUCUAAAGAUGCAGCACAAGUGGUGGGAAGCUAAAAGAAGACCCAAGAGACUAGGGAAAUUAACUUGCCUCAAAAGAAUACCCUUUUUUGAUGUGGGAAAAGAGGCAGAUGAGAACAUAGGAGAGUUAAAAGAAUUGAUGAAUCUUGAAAGAUGUCUUACCAUUAGGAGUCUACAGAAUGCAAAAGAUGUUAAAGAAGGUGAUGCCUAUUUGAUGAACAUGGAGAAAAUUGACCAGUUGCAAUUAAAAUGGGACUCCUUGCUCAUACAUGAUAGAAUUGUAGCCCUACAACCUCCCAAAGCUUUGAACUCUCUUGAUAUGAUGCACUUGCCCGGUUUCAGUUAUCCAACUUGGAUGACCACAGAUUUAUCGGCAUAUGACAAGCUAGGUAGAAGGGUACUCAAGGCCUUACAACCUCCCAAAGGUUUGAAGUCGCUUGAAAUCAUGGGCUUCCCCUGUUUCAGCUAUCCAACUUGGAUGACCACAGAUUUAUCAGGGUACAACAAGCUAGUCUCUGUGACACUUAAAGGACAGAGCUAUACCCUCCCAUCUUUAGGACAGCUUCCUUCAUUAGAGUACCUGGAAAUCAUAUCAGGGAGAAUGAGGAAAUUGAGCUAUCAAUUCUUCAGGGGUACCGGUGGUAUGAAGGGAUUUCAAAAGUUAACUUCAUUGAAAUUGUAUUUUAUGCAAGUUCUGGAAGAUUUUUGUGAUGCAGAGGAUGGUGAAUUUCCUUCCCUCGAACACCUUACAGUUGAAAAUUGCCCCAUUCUAAGGAGACUUCCCAGACUUUUCCCUAGUAAGGAACAGUUGGAACUCAAACUCCACUACUGUAACAGUUUGACAUCCUUGUACUGUGGACCAAAUACCUCUUUUAAACAGGUGGAGGUCACCCACUGUAAUGGUAUUCCAUCAUUGCCUAGUUGAUUCCACAGAUUCACUUCAUUGCCAGCAGUGGAAGUAUAUCUGACAGUGCCGGAAUCCCUGCUUUGUAGAAAUACCCUUGCUAGUAGAAAAUGGGGAUAGCGAAUAGCAAGUGGAAUCCAUGGGAAGAUUUAGUUUCAGUUGCAAAGGGGUCUCUGAAGUUUGGAUUUGCUUUGGUUCUCUUCUUAGAAACAUUUCGUUGACUUUGUAAUUGCUUCGGACAUCUCUUUGAAAGCACUCCUUAGAAAAGAAGUGAAACAUAAUAAAAUUUAGUAACAUGGUCUAUCAAAUGAGUAAGCUCAGUAUGUUAGCAUCCUCAAAACUCAAUGCAUGUAGGUCAAUUGUCGAGCUCAGAGAUCUUGUUUUCCAUCCCUAGGUAAGUUUUUGUUUUUGUUUUUUUCUGACCAUUAUUUUUAGCAACUGAUAUCUUCCUCAAAUCUUCCAUUCCCUAUUUUCCUGUGAUGUCAGAGAUCAUUGUGCAUAAUUUAUCUGUUCACAUGCUUGCAUAUGAAUAUUUUGUAUUUUGUCAAGGUUUCGUCUAAAAUGAAAACAUUUGUAAUCAUUACGUAACAUGAUUUUUUAACUAACUUCAAAAUAUUCUAAAUCCAGUUAUUAAAUUUCACUUUACCUUGCCACCAAUUCUUUUGAUUUGAAAAGGAAUAUAAAGAUUACAUCUAAAAGUAUGUAAUAAUUACCAAAUACGAUAAGAGUUUAAGGAGAUUACAUUAGUCAUGAUUACAAAACUUUGCUUUUUCUUGUUAGAUCAAUUUCACUUUCUUUCCCUUCCCUUCCUUUUACUUGCAACCGGAUGGAGCCUACUGGUGGGAUCUUCCGGGUUCAGUGAUGAGAACAGUUAGUAGGAGAAUCUGAAAGAUCAGUUUGGAAGUGCUCUUAUCCUUUAUAACUCACAAUGUAAAUAGAAGGUCAAGGUCACACUUAUCAUCCUCUGUUUCAGGCCUUGUUCCAUUUUUUGACCUCUGGUCUUUGAGCAAGAUCUGUCGACAUUCAUCCUAGUCCUCUUAAGGGAGAGAAUAUUUCUUCAAAAAUAUUCAAUGUCAAGUUGAGGUGGCAAUUUAAAAUGGUGUCUAAAAGUCUAUCUUUCCCAUGACACUUCUCCUUCAAUAUUGAUAAGUUUCAUCCCACCAGUUCUCUUGUAUGUAGGAAGUAGUGUAAUUUCCUUUUUUUUUUUUUGCUAACGAUAGGUAUCCAGGCCUUCGGCCUGACUAGUUCCGCGGGCCCAUAUUGACCCCACAACCACAUGGACCGGGUCAUACCGGGGUUGAAUGAAAACCAUAAGAAGUAUAAUUUCCUCAAUUUACUUAUGUUAUACUUGAGUCUUUUCAUUCUUUCGUCCAUGGAAAUAGUGGGCUUUGCACUCAAGCAAGUAUUUUAAAUUUUCUAUGUAAGAAUUUUUCAAUUGGGUCAUUCAGCUCUCCAAUAUGUUCAAUCUCUAUUCAUGUCCAUGCAUUGCCCAAUCAACCCACAGAUGCAGUAGGAAAUCAUUACUAGACCCGCUAAUACAGGUCAUGGCUUCCACUGGGUGUCCAUUUUAAUGUCAGAAAUUGCUUUGGUGCAAGGAUCUCUAGGCUUAAGCUUAUAAUUAUAGGCUAGUGUUUUGACAUUGUAAAGAUAGACUAGGAUUAAGACUAGCACAUUCCUAGUAUUUGGAAAGACGCUUUGUUGCCUAGGUUGCCCAGGAAAUGGAACCCUCUUGUCUAAGAAGUGAUGGGGUAUCACAAACUCAAUAAGCUUUUCAAUAAUGAAAAAAACAUUUUAAACUUUCAUGGCUUCCAAGUUGAUUCACAUUUGAUUCUUAUAUUUUGUGCAAUGAAUGAUCAACUCUAAACACCAAUUCUUCCUUUGUUGGAUCAGGCAGCUAUACAUACUCUUUUUAGUAGAAUUUUCUAUGUUGAAUCUCUUCCUUGGAACUUACAAUCAUUGGCUCUCUUUGUCUUGAAGUGAAGUCACCUUUAUGAUCCACAUUAAACUGGAGUGGUGAUCUAAAUUCUCCUUUGUGGGCUCAUCCAGAGUAAUAUGCUCAUUGAUGUAGAUAAGUCACUUGAGUUUAUUUUAUUGUAAAUAAGCCUUGGGUUGUGUU